AUGGAGAGGUUGCAGGUGAAGGUAGAGACCAUUAAGCCAGGUCCCGUGGAUGAAAUCAUCUCCAUUCUUAAAAAACUCCUUAACUUGUGCCUCUGCUGUGUUACCUGUGGCUGUUACCGAGGCAACGGUGGUGACCGUAUACGUAAUGGAGAGUUGUAUGAGGUGGAGCUACUGGACAGCGAGCGACAAGCUGUUCAGAAUCUGUUACAAUAUCUCGACAAAGAGAUGGGAAAAGAUGCGACGAUAAAUGGUGAACGGCUACGAGCACUGUGCAUACUUACCUACUCGGACAACUUAGAGCUACAGCGGUCAGCGGCACUAUGCUAUGCUGAAGUUAGUGCCAAAAUGAAGGCUCCACUGACAGAUGCCAUGGCAGAGCCACUCAUCACUCUUCUUAAGUGUAAAGAUGUGAAGAUACAGCGUGCGGCAACUCUGGCAGUCAGCAACUUCCUCGUCUAUGGCCACGAGAGGAAUGCAGACACUCUUGUCCAAGCAGGUGUCAUGAAGCCCCUGGUUGAGCUUCUGAACUCUUCUGACGUGGAGGUACAAUGUAACACCUGUGGAUGUAUCACAACCAUAGCAACGUCAGAUGCUCACAAACAGUUAAUUGUCAAUGAGGAUGGGAUACAACCGCUUCUGGUGUUACUGAACUCACCCGACAGUCGUGUCCAAAGGAACGCCGCGGGUGCGGUGCUCAACCUUACUCACACUCAAUCCAAUCGGAAUGAGCUUGUACAGAAGGGUGUCAUUCCUCUCCUGGUAGAUCUGCUCAAGUCACGUGACUCGGAUGUUCAGUAUUACUGUACAGCCGCGCUGAGCAACCUCGCAGUCAAUGAGAAACAUCGAACAAUGAUGGUCGCCAUUGGUCAUCACGAUAUCCUCAAGAAUAUGAUUCGUCUUUUAUCGACAGACACAGAAAGGAUAAAAUGUCAGGCCUGUCUAGCCUUGAGGAACUUGGCUUCUGAUAGUGAUAACCAGCUUUUAAUCGUGAAACAUGGAGCUAUCCCAGCAUUCCUCAGUGUCUUGCAGCGGACUAACGGAGCGACGUUAGUUGCAGCAGUGGCUUGUGUCAGGAACCUUUCCAUCCACAAAGGGAAUGAGUUAUCUGUUAUCCAAUCAAAUCUGCUGAAGGAGCUGUAUCGGAUCAUUCAAGAGAUGAAGUCAAAUCCAGAUGCUCAGAUGCAUGCAGUGGGCACGCUCAGGAACCUGGCUGUAGGAGAGCAUGUCACGUUGCUAUUGGAGACAGGUGUCAUUGAGUCAUUGGUGGGCGUUCUUCUAGACCCAGAGACUCGGUCCCCAGUUUUAGCAGAAGUCACCGCGGCUCUGGCUGUGCUAGCCGAUGAGGAUGUAGUAAAGAGACAAUUGGUCACACUUCACAAUGGCCGUGUUUUCACGCGCCUGGUUGCCACAGCGUCUUUAUCCAACAACUCUGAAGUCCAGUACAAUUCUGCAGGGAUUUUAGGGCAGAUCUCCAUAAAUGAAAUCCCCAGUCGUUUAAAGGAGCUGAACACACCAGGGAUCAUCGUUUAUGUUGACAGGUUCCUGAAAUCCCCAGAACCUAACUUCAUCCACAUUGCACUGUGGACGCUUGUUCAGUUGUUGAAAGAUGACUAUUUCGUAGAAGCGUUCCGUGACGUCCACAUUGACCAGGUUGUGAAGCAAUUGGCCUCGUCGCCUCAUCCAUCGGCCAUCUUGGAUCUGUGCGACGCUGUAAUAAAUGAUCUCGCUUCUGACUCGCCCGAUGAUGAGGAAGACAGCAAUGGGAGUGGAGCUGACAAUGAUAGUCAAGACGAUAGCCAAGAUGGUACAGAAGAGAUCACAAAAGAUUUGAACAAGUUAGACUGUGAUGUUCUCUAUGAACUAGACAGAGAGAUUUUUGGUGAUUUUACAACCCAUUUUAUGAUGGUGGAGUCAUAUUGGUGUCAUUCUGAUGUCUGGAAAGGUCAAAAGGUCAAGUUACCUUUAUAUGUCCUUGCACAAGCUUAUAUCUGA